AAGCCAGAAGCACUCCAAACGAGGCUGCAGUAUUGCGCACGCGCAGAAGGUGGCCGCGGGGCCGGGCCUGAGGCGAAGCAGGCCCCGCCUCAAGCUGCGUGGGCGGGGCGAGUGACGUCACUUGGCCCCAGGCUUAGGGCCCUCGCGGGGGGCUCGUGGGUCCUCCUCCCGCUCCCACAGACAACUGCCCCAACUGCUCUUCCCGCCCCGGUCACAGUGAAAAUGUAGACGGGGUGGUUGUCCGUACGACUGUGCGCCAGGGCUCGGGGAGGGAUGCCCUCCGCGUGAGCGCCCCCCUGGGAAUAUUGAACAUAAUCACCUCUCAUUCCAGACUAUGUUAGAUCUUAAUGGUGGGAGGUUGCCCGAGUGCCCCGCCCGUUUCACCCCGAGGGGGCGGGACACUGGGUCAUGACGCCAUCAGAGGGCGCCAGAGCAGGGACCGGACGCGAGUUGGAGAUGUUGGACUCGCUGUUAGCCUUGGGCGGCCUGGUGCUGCUUCGGGAUUCCGUGGAGUGGGAGGGGCGCAGUCUCUUGAAGGCGCUUGUCAAGAAAUCUGCGCUGUGUGGGGAGCAAGUGCAUAUCCUGGGCUGUGAAGUGAGCGAGGAAGAGUUUCGUGAAGGUUUUGACUCUGAUAUCAACAAUCGGCUGGUUUACCAUGACUUCUUCAGAGACCCUCUCAACUGGUCAAAAACUGAGGAGGCUUUUCCUGGGGGGCCGCUGGGAGCCUUGAGAGCCAUGUGCAAGAGGACAGAUCCUGCUCCUGUCACCAUUGCUCUCGAUUCACUCAGCUGGCUGCUACUUCGCCUUCCCUGCACCACACUCUGCCAGGCCCUGCAUGCUGUGAGCCAUCAGGACUCUUGUCCUGGUGACAGCUCCCCGGUGGGGAAAGUGAGUGUGCUGGGCUUGCUACAUGAAGAGCUUCAUGGACCAGGCCCUGUGGGAGCUCUCAGCAGCCUUGCUCAGACUGAGGUGACCCUGGGCGGUACCAUGGGCCAUGCCUUGGCCCACAUCCUGUGUCGGAGGCCCCGACAGCGCCCAACUGACCAGACUCAGUGGUUCUCCAUCCUUCCGGACUUCAGCCUGGAUCUCCAACAGGGGCCCUCUGUAGAGUCCCAGCCCUACUCUGAUCCUCAUAUACCCCCGGUGGAUCCCACAACUCAUUUGACCUUUAACCUUCACCUGUCCAAGAAAGAGAGAGAAGCCAGAGAUAGCCUGACCCUGCCCUUCCAGUUCAGCUCUGAAAAACAGCAGGCUCUCCUUCGGCCUAGGCCAGACCAGGCUACCAGCCACAUCUUUUAUGAGCCAGAUGCUUAUGAUGACCUGGACCAAGAAGACCCAGAUGACGACCUGGAUAUUUGACUGGCCAGAUUUGAUUAGAUUGUAAUUGGAGGGGGCGUGGGAAGACUUUGGGCCCUGAACCAUCUUUCUGUUGUUUGUGUUAGCCUUACCCUGUCUCUGCCCCACCUUGGUUCCCCUUGUCUGUGGAACCCCGCCUUGUGAGCCAGGAAGCAGCGUCUCAUUAGGACAGAAGGUAGGAUGAAGACAUGGGGUAAUGUGAGAGAGUAGAACACCCCCAUACCUAAUAAAAAUCUUUAUUUUUUUAUUAAAAAAGAA